UAAAGCAAGCUACGAGUCCUAAAUUCAUCUGUUUUCUGGUUAAAUCGUAAUUGAAACUUAAAACCAUGGCAUCCUCCUGUGCCGACCAGAUCUGUUCACCGUCUGCCACUAAAUUGUCGUCUGCUGCUGCCUCAUGGAAGGACGACCCAGUGUCUGCCUCCUUCCAACUCUUCAGUCUCAUUGAAAUGCAGGAUAGAUUCCUCGUACAAGUCCAGGCAAUAGAUGCCUACAUCCUGGAACUGACCGAGAAAAUCGUGAGAGAUGCAGCCAAUGGCAGCCAUGUUGGCCAUGGGUUACUUCUGCUCAACAGGAAGUGUGUAGCUGAAGGUGUCCGUCAGGUCUACCUACGACUGGCCACACAGAAGUGGAGACAAGUCAGGCAGUGCUACAACUUCAUCAGACAAAACUUCGAUGACGACGAUCUUUCAGCUGCUGAUUUGGAGGAGUCACAUGACCACGAGGUCACCCAGAUUGCUCGUGGACUUAGUAUGGAGUGUUGUGCGUUCCAGCGAUCAUGCUAGCAGGAUGACAACACUCUUAAAAUGACUUGAAUUGAAGAUAUGUCUUCACUGAUGAACAUCCAGUGCUCAUGUAAAUAUUGUUAACAUGUGACGUGACGAUCAUGCUAGCAGGAUGAAAACACUCUUAAACUUAUGUUGAAGAUUCUGUCUUCAUUGUUUGAAAUCUAGUGUUUUUGUUGAUA